UCUCUCUCUCUUCUCCUCAAUGUGGUCAAAUAAACCUCACUUUCUCUCUCCAAAUCGUGGAUUUAGCGGUUGAUAAAUACGUAUCCUAUAUUCCCUUCUGUUUUCCCGAGAAAGCGAGAAUAAUGCAAUGGGCGAUUCUCAUUCUCGCUCUACAUCUUCUCUCUCUAGCGAGCUCCUCUGUCAAGAAACUGAGCCUCACUUGGACGAAGAAGACUUAGAUGAAGACACCUUGAUUAAUUUGAGUGAUUACACUGUUUCAAAUUCUGAAGAAGAAGAGGAAUGUAUAAAAUUGUUGCUGGACAGAGAGAUCAAUGUUGGGUUCCAAACCCACAAUUGUUCACACAUCGUCAUCGAUAACUGGAUCAAAUGUGCUCGCUUAAACGCCAUCGCUUGGAUCCUCAAAACAAGAUCGUCGUUGGGAUUCCGAUUUCAAACAGGUUACUUAGCAAUGACAUAUUUUGACCGGUUUCUUUCGAGGCGAGCUAUUGAUAGUGACAAGUGGUGGGCGAUGCAAUUGUUAUCAAUGGCGUGCUUGUCUUUGGCAGCGAAGAUGGAGGAAUACAGAGUACCAUCACCCUCAGAGUUUCAAUUGGAGGAAUACAACUUUGACAGCAAAGUUAUUCAGAGAAUGGAGCUUUUGGUAUUGAAUACAUUGGAGUGGAGAAUGAGUUCAGUCACUCCUUUUGCUUUCAUUCAUUACUUCAUCAGAACCCUUGGGAACCAUCACUCUCCACCACCAAGGAAUGUGGUUUCUAGAACUGUACACCUCAUUUUGGCUAUAAUGAGAGAUGUAAAUUUAAUGGAUCAUCGACCGUCUGUCAUAGCUGGGGCUGCAACAUUGGUGGCGUUGAAUCGAAAACUAACAAAGCAGGCUUUUGAGAAUACAGUCAAUGCUUUCUCUCCAAGUGAAAUUGAGGACAUGUCUUCUUGCUAUAAUCAAAUGCAGGAAUUAGACAUGAAGAAAGUAACAAUAGAACCCAAGUUUAAAAUAUCCUCUCACCUCUCGCCGAUCCGAUCAAGAGAGAUUGAUGUUUUUGAAAAUUCUUUGGUUAGUUCUGCAAUUAGAACUCAAAAGAAAAAGGUUUACAUUCCAUGACUCUGAUAAAAAUAUAUAGCAUACCCAAUGAGAAGUGAUGCCGGUAGAGGAAUUUUGAUUACGUCUUUGGCAGUGGUGUAUUAAGUGAUUAUUAUUGGUGUAAUGAGUGUGUUAAAAUUUCUGGGAUAUGAUUUUGGAGUUGAUUGUCUCAUCAGCAAACAUGUGAAAGAAAUGAGAAACAGAGGAGGUAAAAAGGGAAGUAAAAGCAAAGCUAAUUUCAACUCAAAAAAUCUCACAAAAGUGGAAUGGAGGCCCCUAAGAUAGGAUAUAGGACUUGAGAGCUGAUUGUACAACAAUCAUUCUUAGUUUUGCUCACUUGUUCAAUUUGUUUUUGUUUCUUUCAAUCUUCACUUUUCUAAUACAAGAUACAUUUGGAACCACAACUUUUGAUGAUGGGUUUGCUUGGGAUGGGUUUCUUUCUUGACUUUGAAAAAGCUUUGAGAGCAAUGAGGACUCCGGAGAAUAGGGGAAUUGUGGGAGUGGUGGUGUGAUUUGAUGCAUCUGUGUUGCAUGUUGGCCAUCAAAAGAGGUUUGUAAAGUUGGGAUGUGAUUGGAUUUUGUUUCAACGUUUAGGAAUGAAUGCCUUUUAAAGUGGGGCCCGCUAGCUCUUUUUUUUUCUCUCAAGUUUAGCUUUUGGUUCAUGAAAAGCCUAGACAUUGUGGAAUCGAAAGUAUUUUCUAUGUUGAUUAUAGUAUAAUAUUUACUGGAAUAGAUCUUUGUUGUACUGGGUUUGUAUUUUUCUAAGCCAACAAAAUUUCUAUGUUGAUUGUUGGUGAGCUAAGGACUUGUAUGGUAACGGGAUAACUAUUGGUUGUGUUUGCUUUCCAAGCCAUUA